GGAGCAGCCCGCUGAGGUCUGGCCAGAGACUGCUCGGGUUUGUGGAGCUGGGGAUGCUGCGGCUCUGCCAUGGCCUCUGAGGAGUCCAUGGUGGUCGUCACCUGCACCGCGCCUGUCAACAUCGCGGUCAUCAAGUACUGGGGGAAGCGUGAUGAAGAGCUAAUCUUGCCCAUCAAUUCUUCUCUCAGCGUCACUCUGCACCAGGAUCAGCUAAGAACCACCACAACAGCUGCCAUCAGCAAGGACUUCACCGAGGACCGGGUCUGGCUGAACGGCAGAGAAGAGGAGGUGGGGCAGCCGCGACUGCAGGCCUGCUUGAGGGAGAUCCGCCGCCUGGCGCAGGAGAGGAGGCGUGCACAAGACGGGGACUUGGUGCUCCCUAGCCUCGGGUACAAGGUACAUGUGGCAUCAGUGAACAACUUCCCCACAGCCGCGGGCCUGGCUUCCUCUGCAGCAGGCUACGCCUGCCUAGCCUACACCCUGGCCCAGGUCUAUGGGGUGGACAGUGACCUCUCAGAAGUGGCUCGUCAGGGCUCAGGCAGUGCCUGCCGGAGCCUGCACGGGGGCUUCGUGCUGUGGGACAUGGGGAAGCGGGCCGAUGGGAAGGACAGCAUCGCCCGGCAGGUGGCCCCCGAGACGCACUGGCCUGAACUCCGAGUCCUCAUCCUUGUGGUGAGUGCAGAGAAGAAGCUGACCAGCAGCACCGCAGGCAUGCAGACCAGUGUGCGGACCAGCCCCCUGCUCCGGUUCCGGGCUGAGGCAGUGGUGCCAGCGAGCCUGGCAGAAAUGACACACUGCAUCCAGGAGCGGGACUUGGAGGGCUUUGCUCAGCUGACCAUGAAGGACAGCAACCAGUUCCACGCCACCUGCCUGGACACCUUCCCGCCCAUCUCCUACCUCAACGACACCUCCAGGUGCAUCAUCCAGCUGGUGCACCGCUUCAACGACUACUACGGGCUCACAAAGGUGGCGUACACAUUCGACGCGGGCCCCAAUGCUGUGAUCUUUACCUUGGAGGACACUGUGGCUGAGUUUGUGGCUGCUGUGAAGCACAGCUUCCCCCCCGAGUCAAAUGGAGACAAGUUUCUGAAGGGGCUGCCGGUGAGGCCUGUCCUGCUGUCAGAUGAGCUCAAAGCUGCACUGGCCAUGGAGCCCACCCCUGGUGGAAUCAAAUACGUCAUUGCCACUCAGGUGGGGCCUGGGCCUCAAGUCCUGGAUGACCCCCACGUUCACCUCUUGGGCCCUGACGGCCUACCGAAGCCCGCUGUCUGACUGCCGCCUCCACAGGCUCCCAGCAGAGAGUGACCUGCUGGGACAGGUGGGGUUGCCGGGCUGCCCUGUUGGGUUAUGGUUUCCUGGCUCUGGGCCAGCCAGCAUUGUGCUAUGGGGCAGUGGUGUGAGAUCUGCAGCCAUCCACACCAGCUCUGGGCCCCUCUCGUGUGUCACUUGUCCCCACUUGGAUAUGGUGCUUUGGUGAGAUGAGAUUGGUCAGGCACGAGAGAGACAGGCAUGGCGCACCAGCGUGCCCUGGGCUGAAGGGCUUCCGGACUCUGAGCUCCAGCCAUUCCCCGUGUGCCAGAACAGAAUGUGGUGGGAGUCCGUCCCUCUGGGGCCCUCAGGAACCUCCCCAAGUGCUUCGGAGGAUGGUCCCUCUGCUGCACCUUGGAGUCAGGUGGGGGUAUGCUGGACCAUUUCCUACAAAAAGAGCAGUGCUGUUUCCCAGCCAGGCUGGGUGGGGGCCAGGGCAGAUCUGGGUGCUUGGGAGCUGUUACCGUGAUGACCAUAGGAAUAAACCCAGCUCUGCUGA